GAGAAGGGCGCACGAUGCGCCGCGGGCGCGUGGAGGCCCGGGUACGUUCCGUGGCCCAAAGCUGUUGACCGGUGGCCCACUGGGGCCGGAGCGGGCACAUGGAACCUUGGCGCUGCCCGCCCCGGGAUGCGCGCCCCGCCGCCCUGGGGUUCUGGGGAGAGCCGCUGGCAGCCUGCAGCCACAACCAGCAGUCUACAACAUUCAGGCAUCCUGUGACUGGACAGUUUUCUUCAGAAAACAGUGAAUACAUUCUGCGGGAGGAGCCACACCCACAUAUGUCGAAGCAAGAGAGAAACCAAAGACCAGCCAGCAUGGUCAGUGAGACAUCCACGGCUGGGACCACAUCUACCCUAGAGGCCAAGCCUGGACCCAAGAUCAUCAAGUCCAGCAGUAAAGUACACAGCUUUGGGAAGAGGGACCAGGCCAUUCGGAGGAACCUCAAUGUUCCAGUGGUGGUGAGGGGCUGGCUACACAAGCAGGACAGCUCCGGGAUGAGGCUGUGGAAAAGACGCUGGUUCGUGCUGGCUGAUUACUGCUUGUUUUAUUAUAAAGACAGCCGAGAAGAAGCUGUCCUCGGGAGCAUCCCUCUGCCCAGCUACGUCAUCUCCCCAGUGGCCCCCGAGGACCGCAUAAGCCGCAAGUAUUCCUUUAAGGCCGUGCACAGGGGAAUGAGGGCACUCAUCUAUAGCACCACCACAGCGGGCUCUCAGGCGGAGCACUCGGGCAUGAGGACCUACUACUUCAGUGCCGACACCCUGGAGGACAUGAACGCCUGGGUCAGGGCCAUGAACCAGGCUGCACAGGUGCUGUCUCGAUCAUCACUGAAGAGGGACAUGGACAAGGCAGAGCGGCAGGCCAUGCCACAGGCCAACCACACUGACACCUGUCAAGAUUGUGGCCACAUGGGACCUGGACACUCAAGAGAUUGUCCUCAUCGAGGCUAUGAAGACUCCUUUGGCUUCGACAGGAGGGAGCAGGAGGAAGAACGCUUCCGUUCUCAAAGGGACCCACUGGAGAGCAGGAGGGACAGGAGCAAGGCCAGGUCCCCAUACUUGCCAGCUGAGGAGGAUGCCUUGUUUGUGGAUCUACCUGGUGGGCCCCGAGGCCAGCAAGCACAGCCACAGCGAGCUGAGAAGAACGGGGUGCCACCUUAUGGCCCGGGAGAACAGAAUGGGACCAGUGGGUACCAGCGGACUGCUCCUCCCAGGGCCAACCCAGAGAAACACAGCCAUAGGAAGACCAACCUGGCCCAAGCAGAGCACUGGGCAAAGGCUCAGAAGGCGGAUGGCAGGAGCUUGCCCUUAGACCAGACACUUCCUCGGCAGGGUCCCAGCCAGCCCCUGUCCUUCCCAGAAAACUACCAGACUCUUCCCAAGAGCACUAGACAUCUUUCUGGGAGCUCUUCACCCCCUCCCCGGAACUUGCCCAGCGACUACAAGUAUGCACAGGACCGAGCCAGCCACCUGAAGAUGUCCAGUGAGGAGCGCCGGGCACACAGAGACGGCACUGUGUGGCAGCUGUAUGAAUGGCAGCAGAGGCAGCAGUUCCGUCAUGGCAGCCCCACUGCACCCAUAGGAGCUGGCUCCCCAGAGUUCACCGAGCAGGGCCGCAGCCGGAGCCUGCUAGAGGUGCCCCGCUCCAUCUCCGUGCCUCCGUCUCCUUCUGACAUCCCUCCUCCGGGGCCUCCGAGGCCCUUUCCACCCCGGCGGCCACAUACACCAGCAGAAAGGGUCACAGUGAAGCCACUCGACCAGAGGAGGAGUGUGGACAUCUCUCUGGGGGGUUCUCCCAGGAAGGCACGGGGUCAUGAGGUCAAGAACUCCUCUCACGUGGACCGGCGUUCCAUGCCCUCCAUGGGCUACAUGACGCACACAGUGAGCGCUCCCAGCUUACAUGGAAAAUCGGCUGAUGACACCUACCUCCAGCUGAAGAAGGACCUGGAGUACCUGGAUCUGAAGAUGACAGGCCGAGACCUUCUUAAGGAUCGAAGUCUGAAGCCCAUGAAGAUCGCCGAGAGUGACAUUGAUGUCAAGCUGAGCAUCUUCUGUGAACAAGACAGGAUACUCCAGGACUUGGAAGACAAGAUCCGAGCUCUCAAGGAGAAUAAAGACCAGCUAGAAUCUGUGCUGGAGGUACUGCACAGACAGACAGAGCAGUACCAAGACCAGCCGCAGCACCUGGAGAAGAUCACUUGCCAGCAGAGGCUCCUGCAGGAGGACCUCGUCCACAUCCGUGCGGAGCUCUGCAGAGAGUCCACGGAGAUGGAAAACGCAUGGAACGAGUACCUGAAGUUGGAGAAGGAUGUGGAACAACUAAAGCAGACUCUGCAGGAGCAACACAGGAGAGCGUUUUUCUUCCAGGAGAAGUCACAGAUACAGAAGGAUCUGUGGAGGAUUGAAGAUGUCAUGGCAGGCCUGAGUGUGAAUAAAGAGAAUUACAGAGUCCUGGUGGGAUCUGUCAAAAAUCCAGAAAGAAAAACGGUGCCUUUGUUCCCUCACCCAUCUGUGCCUUCACUCUCUCCAUCUGAGAGCAAGCCGGCCCUGCAGCCCAGCCCUCCCACCAGCCCUGUGCGGACACCUCUGGAGGUCCGACUCUUUCCGCAGCUGCAGACCUAUGUGCCAUACCGACCUCAUCCGCCCCAGCUGAGGAAAGUGAUGUCUCCUCUGCAGUCACCAACCAAGGCAAAGCCUCAGGCGGAAGACGAGGCACCUCCCAGGCCACCACUUCCUGAACUCUACAGCCCAGAGGACCAGCCCCCGGCCGUGCCGCCUCUGCCAAGAGAAGCCACCAUCAUUCGGCACACGUCUGUGCGUGGACUGAAACGACAGUCGGAUGAGAGGAAGAGGGACCGGGAGCAGGGCCAGUGUGUGAACGGGGACUUGAAGGUGGAGCUCCGGUCCUACGUGAGUGAGCCAGAGCUGGCCAGCCUCAGUGGGGACGUGCCUCAGCCCUCUCUAGGCCUCGUGGGCUCUGAGAGCAGGUACCAGACGCUGCCAGGUAGAGGGCUCUCGGGCUCCACGUCCAGGCUCCAGCAGUCGUCCACUAUUGCUCCCUAUGUCACCCUCCGGAGGGGUCUGAAUGCCGAAAACAACAGUGCGACCUUCUCUAGACCCAAGAGUGCCUUGGAGCGCCUGUACUCAGGAGACCACCAGCGGGGCAAGAUGAGUGCAGAGGAGCAGUUGGAGCGGAUGAAGCGACACCAGAAGGCUCUGGUCCGGGAGCGCAAGAGGACCCUGAGCCAAGGAGAGAGGACGGGUCUGCUCUCAGCCCGAUACCUCAGCCAGCCACUGCCUGGAGAUCUUGGCUCAUGGAAGCGAGAACAAGAUUUUGACCUGCAGUUGCUGGAGCGGGCUGCGCAAGGAGACAGAAAAGACAAAGAGGAGGGCUGGCUGAAAGUGCAAGCCACACCUGUCAUGGAGUUGGACCUGGAGCCACAAGACUAUGACUUGGAUAUCAACAAAGAGCUGUCUAAACCAGAGAAGGUCUCCAUCCCAGAGCGGUAUGUAGAACUAGACCCUGAGGAACCACCCAGCCUGGAGGAGCUGCAGGCACGGUACCAAAAGGCGGAGAAGAUACGAAACAUCCUUGCCCGGUCAAGCAUGUGCAACCUGCAGCCACCGGGCCAGGACCGCAACAGCCUGGCCGACCUGGACUCGCAGCUGCAGGAGCAGGAGCGGAUAAUCAACAUUUCCUAUGCCCUGGCCUCAGAGGCCUCUCAGCGCAGCAAGCAGGUAGCAGUGCAGCAGCUGGCCCUCCUCCCGCCUAAAGCCCCCCUGUCCUCCAGGACGGUGCCACCUUACCCCCCCUUAAGCAACGGACUGCACUACACCUUUGUCUAACACCUUCCAACCCAAGCAGUAACGGACCCAUGAUCCAGUAUACAGAGAAGCCUGGAGCCGGGGGCCCAGCGAAACCAGCAUCUUCCUGGAAUAUGGUUCUCUCCACCCCAGUGGAAGCCCUUCCAGCUGAGCAGGGGCUCUGGCUGGAGGAGAGAGCAACCCACCCACCAUGGUGGGUGCUGCACAGAACCAGGGCUUCAUCUUAACACAUGCCCAUUUGUUUCAGUCCAGAUUCCUUUUUACAGAUGACAGAAGCACUUUUGAUACACGAUGUAAAAUAUACUGUAUUUUAGAAUCAGAAUAUAUUUUAUAAUGCUCACCUAAAGGACUGAAUGGCUGGUAAGGUGAGCCUGCAGGGUUUUGUAGCCACACAUAGGGAUUCAGGUACUAUGGGAGUGGGGUGGCAUAGGGGUGGGGACAGGGACAAGGCAAACAGGGGUCUUUCCACCACUCAUGAACCCAGACAGUGGAUUCCAGUAUGAAGCUCAUUACGCUCUCCAGGAAAAGAGAGGCAGUUAACUGCAAAGUCCGCAUCCCUGAGCUGAUGCCCUGGAAACUCUACCUGGAUGGCCCCAUGGAGCUUGUCUGUUGUGCCUUGGCUCUUGGUUCUGACUGAGGAGCAACAUAUGCUCAAAAGCCUUGGCUUCUCCAGCUGUCAGUGAAGUGAAGUUCCCUCAGCAAACAAUUCUCAGAAGAAGAAGGAAAAAAAAAGCCACUGUGAAGUGGAAAGUGGAGAUGUGUAAUAGCAAUAAACUCAGCAUUGGGUGGCAUCUGCUUGCAAAUGCCUAGCUUUGAGCCGUCCCUCCACCCAAGCAAUACAAAAAAACCUGUGCUUCCUGUUGUGGGGAAACCCAGGACAGCUUCCCUUGACUAGGUCUGGUGAGGUGGUCAGGCAGGGCCAGGACACAGGAUUAUGACUUGACUCCAGCCCAGCUGAGGAGGAGGCAGCCAUGCCAGACUCUGGUUUGGCCCUUUAUUUGACUUGUCUCAAGAUAGUCUACAUGCAGGAAGCAAUGAAAACCAUAAACACCUUCAUUGGGUGGAGCCACAUUUUAAACAAAAAUUUGUCUUUGACUAUGCUUAAAAGAAGAAAAAGAAUCCUUGAGUAUAUUUAGAAGUUACUGUCUAUUUUUAACUAACUCCACAUGCUGCCAGUAUCAACUUCAUGACAUUUGCCAAAAUAAGAUUUUAUUUUUUGCCUUUAUAAGAUUUUGUUGGAA